AUGACUGAUGGAGUGGCUAUGCUUACAAGAGCUAAAGAAAAUCUAAUGUUUACAAUGUCUGCUUUGUCUGCCGAACAACGAGUGGCACUAUCGCAAAGUAAGCGCGAAUUUAUUGAAAUGUGCUCGUUCAAUGGACACGAAUGCAAUAUCGAAGAAGACUUUCGCUUACAUGUCGAUCCAGAGUUUGGCAAUUGUUAUACUUUCAACUAUGACGUCAACAACAAUUACACUAGUAGCAGAGCUGGACCAAUGUACGGUAAGUGA